ACCGUCUUGAACCCGAAAAAUCGCAUAGCGCAUCCAUUGAUAUGGAGCAUAAGCUGCUAUCCACGGCUUUGGCACUCCUUGUGUCAUAUGUCUUCCUGCGAUACAUCCUUCGCAAAAGUCUGCGAGACAAGGACGGGAACUCGAUCCCUCCAGGACCCCCGUUCCGCUUCCCCUUCCUUCCAAGAUAUCCUGAACACAUCAUCCACAAGUGGGCGAAGAAGUAUGGUCCCAUCUACUCUGUCUGGAUGGGCAAUCAGCUCUUCGUUGUUCUUAACGAUCCGACCGUCGUCCGAGACCUGUUGGUCGUCAAUGGAGCUAACUUCUCAAGCCGAUGGAACUAUUUCAUGAAGAACCAGACGAUUCUGAAAGGCGGCGCGAUCACGGCUACUCCCUACAAUGAAACAUGGAGGAAACAUCGAAGAAUUGCUAAUACCAUGCUGUCCUCCAAAGCUGUAGAAGGAUACACAGCAGCUCUUGACUAUGAGGCGCACAUGCUCAUCCACUCUCUAUACCACGACACUGAACAAGGCAAGGCUUCCGUCGACCCUGCGCACUACGUUGGCCGCUAUGUUCUCAACAACAUGCUUUCUGUAACAUUUGGUACUCGUACUGGCUCGGUUACCGAUCCUCUCGUCAAGAGAGCACUUCUUUUGGGUAUGGAAUUCAUGCGACUGACAGCCUCUGCAAUGGAUACCGACCCUACCCGUUCGCGCGGUCGCAAGCUGAGCCAAGACUUCCUGGACGUAUAUGGCGCGAUGAUCCGCCACGUGAAAGAGCGCAUGGACUCCGACGAUGAUGUUCCCGAUUGCCUUGUAAAAUCCCUUCUGGCCUGCGAGGAAGAGGAGCAUCUGAGCUGGACCGACUUGUGCAUGCUCACCACCGCUUUCGCUACUGGUGGCUCACACUCGACGUCUGGAACCAUUCACUGGUUCCUCGCCUUGAUGCCUUCUCAUCCGGAAAUCCAGGCAAAGGCGCAUCAGGAACUGGACCACGUUAUAGGACGUGCUAGGUGGCCCUCACCUGAGGACGAAUCGUGCUUGCCUUACGUGCGAGCUAUCGUCAAAGAAGUCCUCCGUUGUCAUUCACCUUUCUGGAUGGGAACCCCUCAUUGUUCGGACAAUGACUUUGUCUACCGUGGCAUGUAUAUCCCGGCAAAUACAGUGAUGGUUCUGAAUUGCUACUCGCUCCACCAAAACGAAGAGAGAUAUGCAGAAGCCCUUGAAUUCAAUCCCGACCGCUUCAUGGGCGACAACCUUUCCAGUACGGAGUCCUCUAAGCUGGCGAAUCCAAUGGACAGGGACCAUUGGGCUUUCGGAGCAGGUCGCCGUAUAUGCCCCGGUAUGCUGGUUGCGGAGAAAGAGCUCUUCCUUGCAGUCUCAAGACUGCUCUGGGCAUUUUGUAUUGCCGCUGUACCAGGCAAACCCCCAUGCCUGGAAGAGUAUGAUGGCAACUCUGGUCGCACACCCUUGCCAUUUGAAGUCGGUGCCGUGCUUGACACCUUGAAAGAGGAGGAGAUGCCCACCGGUCUGGUAUACACGGACGACAUCGACUUUAGGCUCGCCUGAGACAAUACGGGUCCACGACCACUACGCCGCGUAUAGAGGUGCUACGGAUAGCUAGAACCUGUAGUCGCGAUGCCACACCAUCUCGGUUACUGCAUGUUUAUUGGACAUCGUGAUAUUCGUUGGGGAUGAAGUUGUACAUUACUGGUCUGCCAUACACUAGUACUUACAAUACAUACUGUCCUACGCCCGCAACUUGAUAUUUACUUUGAUUUUAGCCUGAUAUUCUCCGCUUGACACGUCCUGCGCACACUCCUGAAUAUUUCAA